ACAAUUUUAUGUAAUAACUUUAUAGAUUCGUAACAAAGAAUAAUAAAAACAGAUGUCACAAAUUCUUGCUUUUAGUUUCUUAGUGUGUGAACUGACGUCUCUGUAGGUCUUAAAAAGUGUCCAUUUGCAGUUUUAAGGGCUUAAAAAUACUUUUAAUUGGAGAAGAAAGAAGUUAUAAAGUUAUGGCAUUAAUGUUAAACCUUACAAGUAAUGUAAAAAAAAAAAAAAAAUCCAAACAAGGUACAAUUAAUCAAAGAGAAAAUGAGGAAAUUAGGUCUUUUAAUUAGACAUAAAAACUCCUAUGGUUAAAACAAAAGCGACUGACAUGUAUAGUAAUUAUCUUUGAAGUUUUUUUAGUCUACUGGCAGAUAUGUGUUCUUCCUUUCCUAAUUUGGCUUAAUUCCAGAGAAAACAAGACUCAUAGCGUUUAAUUUUCUUCCCAAAUAUGCAUCUUGAUUUACAAUUCUUUGGACAAUUCAUCUUGAUAAAGACAACAAAAUGAGUAAGAACAUGAUGCAGUAUGACAGGAAGUUGGACAAGGAGUUGAAGGGAUGUCGAAAAGUGAGACAGAGGAGAUGAUUGAAAUUGAGAUCGAUGGACGGGAGAAACAGGAGUGUUUAGAGGAAGGGAUCGAGGAGCAAACCAUCACAGCAGCUGAACUGAUCACUCAGGACAUUGACAUCAAUGAGCCGAUCGGGAACCUGAAGAAGCUGCUGGAGCCUCGUCUUCAGGUCCCGCUGGAUGGAUAUGACAUUUGUCUGCAGGACAUCCUAUUGCAUCCUGAUCACAGCUUGUUCGAUCAAGGAGUGAAGACAGAUGGCACAGUACAGCUCAGUGUGCAGAUCGUCACGAAACCGGGUGAAGAGAAGCUGAAUAUUCUGGAGAUUGUGAAGCCAGUGGAGACAGUGGAGGUGGUGAUUGAUCCAGACGCUGCUGCUGGUGAGGAAGCUCAUCUGGUGGAGGAUGGACAUGUGAUUGCUGUGGAGCGAGCGGCCCUUCCUGAUGAGACCUCAGAGCAGGUGACCCGCUGGGCGGCAGCACUAGAAGGCUACCGCAAGGAGCAGGUUCGACUGAACAUUCCCUAUGACCCCGUGCAGUGGACAGCAGAUCAGGUGAUCCACUGGGCAGUUUGGGUGAUGAAGGAGUUUGGCAUUGAUGAAAUGGAGGUGGGUGGCAUUCACAUCCCAGGACGACAGCUCUGUGGCUUCAGCCAGGAGGAGUUCCUGCAGAGAGUGCCCAGCGGCGAGAUCCUGUGGAGCCACCUGGAGCUUCUGCGCAAGUAUGUACUUGCGAGUCAGGAUCAAAGUCAGGAAGCAACAGUCACCAUUGAUCAACCGGUGCAGAUCAUUCCUGCUCCUGUACAGCAGGCCACACCUACAGCCAUUAAAGUGAUGAAGCACAACAAAACACCACGAGCCCCUCGCAUCUCAGGAGAGGAGCGCAGUUCCCCAGGCAACCGCACAGGUAACAACGGUCAGAUUCAGCUGUGGCAGUUCCUCCUGGAGCUGCUGACGGAUAAAGACUCUCGCGACUGCAUCUCCUGGGUGGGCGAAGAAGGCGAGUUCAAACUCAAUCAGCCUGAGCUGGUGGCUCAGAAAUGGGGUCAGCGCAAGAACAAGCCCACCAUGAACUACGAGAAGCUAAGCAGAGCUCUCAGGUACUACUACGACGGAGACAUGAUCAGCAAAGUGCAAGGCAAGCGAUUCGUCUACAAGUUUGUGUGCGACCUGAGGACUCUGAUUGGCUACAGCGCCGCCGAGCUCAACAACCUGGUGACUGAGUGCGAACAGAAGAAACUGGCGCGGGUGCAGCUGCAGGGCCUCGGUCAGCCUGUAAACACAGUCACUUUGGCCACCGCCACAGGUCAACCCGUCACCACAGUCACUCUGGCCGCCGCCGCGCUGGACAAAGACAGCUGAGGAGAGACUCCCAGCCAAUCAGGAGGAAGACAGGAGCAAUCCGGGUUUGAUAUUUGACUUUGGGCCAGGGUGGGAGAACAGCGGGUUUGUAAGCAGAUGUGCGCUUUGUGUGUGUGUGUGUGUGUGUGUGUGUGCAUGAAUGAAUGUGUGUGUGUAUGUGAGAAAAGUAUAGAUGAUAACGUAUGAGCUUUCAGUUUUUUGUAUGCUUGUUCUCUGACUGCAGGGUAGCAUCGGCUAUAUUUCCAUUGUAUAUAACUCUCUGUUUUUGAUAGCCACGUGGGCGCAGUGUAUUUUGAUAUUUUCCAUUUGUAAAGGAUCUUUUUCUUUUUUUUAUUUUUAUUUUCGAGUGUCCGAUUCCCUCAAGGUGAGGUACUUUUUACUGUCCACCAGAGGGCAAUAAAGAGACAGUUGGUUUUUUUGAA